AUGUCAGACCAAUUCAGAGUCGCUAUUGCAGGCGGUGGCCUUGCCGGCUUGGCUUUGGCGGUCCACUUGGAGACACUCGGAAUUGACUGGAUUCUACUUGAGGCUUACGAAGAGAUCGCCCCUGAGCUCGGAGCCAGCAUCGGCCUGCCCCCCAAUGGCAUGCAGGUCCUUGACCAACUCGGCGUCUAUGACGAAGUGGCAGCCCAAGCAGGCACCGGCUCCUCCGUGGUAGCUUAUGACGGCGAUGGCAACAAGAUGUAUGAUUUCGAGCUGCUCCCCCGCAUGCGAGCCACCCAUGGAUUCGACCUGCGCUUUACCGAGCGCCGCACCGUCCUGAAGAUCCUCUAUGACAAGAUCCAGGCCAAGGAAAAGGUCCACACGAGCAAGCGCGUCAACAAGAUCGAGCAUGUUGGCGACAAGGUCCAAAUCACCACACUCGAUGGCAGCUCAUACACAGCAGACAUUGUCAUUGGCGCCGAUGGCAUCCACAGUCCCGUCCGUGGCGAGAUGUGGCGCAACGCUGCUGAAGACGGCUCCAAGGUCUUUGGUGAGAACCCAGGAGCUGACGUUACGACCGAGUACGGCUGCACCUUUGGCAUCUCAGAGCCAACCAACGACCUGAAGGAGGGUGACCUCCGUCAUGUGCACAGGAAGGAUGCGGCGGUUGGCUACAUUGUUGGCCGAAGGGACAUCGUCUACUGGUUCCAUUUCUUCAAGCUCCCGCAGAAGCACAUGGGUAUCGACUUCCCACGAUUUACUAAAGAGCAAGAGAAGGAGUUCACCGAUCAGGAUCUAGACCGGGUGAUGACCCCGGGGACCACCUUUGGCGAUGUCUACAAGAACAAGACGAUCUCCAUCAUCACGGCCCUACCCAACCACAGAUUUCCUCGCUGGCACUAUCGACGCAUCUUCUGUGUCGGCGAUGCCGUCACCAAGUCCCAGCCCAUCGCUGGCCAGGGUGGCUGCAGUGCUCUUGAGUCGGCCGUCGCUCUCGUCGAUCACUUGUAUGCUGCCCUCAAGGAGAAUGACAUGAAGCCCCUGUCCAACGAGCAGGUCGAGGAUGCCUUCACCAAGACGACCGAGGUGCGAAAGGAACGUUCCACCACGGUCAUCAACGAGGGUCUCCUUUAUAUGAAGUUUGCCUCCUGGUCCAACUUUCUAUACCGCCUCAUUGACAAGUACAUUGUCAGGCUUGUCCCCAAGACCACAAUGGUCGACCUCAUGUUUUCAGGCGCCGCUGGUGGCUACCACUCCAAUACCCUCCCCGCCCCUGUGGACAAAUAUGUGAAGGGGACUGGAGAGCCUGUUUCCGUUAAGAAGAUUGAAGCAGAUGAUGAGAACUAA